AUGGCCGAAGUUCACAAGAAAGUCUUAUCGAAGGCAUUAUUAGUGGAGAAGCCGAGCAGGACUCACAAGAUGCAAGUAUUACACAAAAAGAUGGAUCGAUGCAUGAAGAUAUACUUGUCGUUAUUUCCUGAGACACUUUCGGCAGUAGAUUAUGAAGGAAGAACUGCAUUACAUUAUGCAGCAGUAUUGCCAGACAACGGUCACUAUUAUAAUUUAUUACAACAACUUGGAGCUAAUUCUAAAGAUUUAGAUGAUAGUGGAAGAUCAGCUGAAGAUUAUUUAAGCAAUCCAAACCUGUUGCCAUUUAGUCAAAUGUUAACGGAUUUUGGAAUAAGUGAAGAAGCUGCCCAAGACAUGCUAUCAGACAAAGUGCCCGAGGACCGAGUAUCAUCUCGACGUUCUUUGAACGCACCUGAAGCUUUGGAUACUUUGGAACGGUGUUAUAGACUUUUAGCAUCAGCUAAACCAAAUCGGACACCUCUUUCGGCUUCGUCUAAUAGAGCAACACCACCACUGGUUAUAGGCAGAUUCUUAAAACGACCAAUAUUUGAGUCUAUUAAACAUCGAAUCACAAAACUUGAUCAUGAUCUUUUUGAUGUUAUUUGGCCAGCAGUGAAAAAAUUGCCAGACAACAGAAAUAUCCUUCAAACAGUUGAAGAAGAUUUCCCUGGAGGCAUAGCUGCUCCAGAUUACUACGUUUAUGAAGUAUUUCAUGAAUUUUUAUUCCCUCUUGUCAAAGAUUUACAUAAUAUUAAUAUUCAUUUUGAUUGGCAUACCCAUCCGCCAUCCGAUUUUAACAAACCAUUACUUAAACCUACAGCGACAAUAGCAGCACAACCACUAUUAGAAUUAAAUAUAGAUCCUAACGAUGAUUUUGUUCUUUCGGGAACUAUGGAAUGUUCAAGAAAUAUAGACGGAUUUGAGCUUCCAUUAAAUCUCAAAAUAGGCCAAUUAGAAACUAUUGAAAGGAUUGUAACUACAGUAUGCAUUCAUGAAAAGUUUGCAAAAUUAAGUGAUUCAUUGAACGCAGAGUCAGAUCAAAAAGGUGGGACAUAUUAUACCUUAAAUGAAGUUAUGGAAAAACCAUCAGAAAUAUGCGCCAAUUUAGCCUCUAGCGGGUUAUUAAUAGCAUUGUGUGAUAGAGAGGAAAUAGAUGAUUGCACUCGUCUUCAUGGAAACCAUUGGCCUUACGGACGGGGUGUUUUCGUAAAUGAAGACAAAACUGUAGCCAUAUGGAUUAACGUACACGAUCAUAUACGAGUACUCGUAAGCAAUCCAGUUGAUAACCCAGGAGAGAUAGGACAGACUUUCAGUAAAAUGUCUUAUAUCAUGGGCUAUCUACAUGACAAAAUAGAUUUCGUCUGGGAUGAAAAACUUGGUCACUUAAGUAGCAGACCUACCUUUUUAGGAGCUGGUAUACGUUUCAAUCUAAUUGUAAACUUUCCUGGGCUUUCAAAAGAUGCAGAUAAUAUGAAACAUUUGUGUGCUAUGAGAGGAUUACAGUAUCGCGAAACUCUCAGUGCGGAUAUAGCUCGAAUAAGUAA